CGGAAGGGCGCCCAUGGAGCCGGGACUGCCGGCUCGGCGGACAGCUAUGGCGCCGCUGCUGGAGUAUGAGCGGCAGCUGGUGCUGGAACUACUGGACGCGGACGGGCUGGUAGUGUGCGCCCGCGGGCUGGGCGCGGACCGGCUCCUCUACCACUUCCUCCGGCUGCACUGCCACCCGGCGUGCCUGGUGCUGGUGCUCAACACUCAGCCGGCCGAGGAGGAGUACUUUAUCAAUCAGCUGAAGAUUGAAGGAGUCGAACACCUCCCUCGCCGGGUAACAAAUGAAAUCACAAGUAACAGUCGCUAUGAGGUCUACACACAAGGAGGUGUGAUAUUCGCAACAAGUCGAAUACUUGUGGUCGACUUCUUGACUGAUAGAAUACCUUCAGAUUUAAUUACCGGCAUCUUGGUGUACAGAGCUCACAGGAUAAUCGAGUCUUGUCAAGAAGCCUUCAUCUUGCGUCUGUUUCGCCAGAAAAACAAGCGUGGCUUUAUUAAAGCUUUCACAGACAACGCUGUCGCCUUUGAUACUGGUUUUUGUCACGUGGAAAGAGUGAUGAGGAAUCUUUUUGUAGGGAAGCUCUAUCUGUGGCCAAGGUUCCACGUGGCAGUGAACUCGUUUUUAGAGCAGCACAAACCUGAAGUUGUGGAAAUUCACGUUUCUAUGACGCCCGCCAUGCUUGCUAUACAGACCGCCAUACUGGACAUUUUAAAUGCAUGUCUGAAGGAGCUCAAGUGCCAUAACCCGUCCCUUGAAGUGGAAGAUUUGUCUUUAGAAAAUGCUAUUGGGAAACCCUUUGACAAGACAAUCCGCCAUUAUCUGGAUCCUUUGUGGCACCAGCUUGGAGCCAAGACUAAGUCCUUGGUUCAGGACUUGAAGAUAUUACGAACUUUGCUGCAAUAUCUCUCUCAGUAUGAUUGUAUCACAUUCCUUAAUCUUCUGGAAUCUCUGAGAGCAACAGAGAAGGCUUUUGGUCAGAAUUCAGGUUGGCUGUUUCUUGACUCUAGCACCUCAAUGUUUGUAAAUGCUCGAGCAAGGGUUUACCAUCUUCCAGAUGCCAAAAUGAACAAAAAAGGCAAAAUGUCUGAAAAAACGGAGAUGAAAGAAGAGCAAGAAACAAAAAAGGAAUUGGUCCUAGAAAGCAACCCAAAGUGGGAAGCAUUAACCGAAGUACUGAAAGAAAUUGAGGCAGAAAAUAAAGAGAGCGAAGCCCUUGGUGGUCCAGGUCAAGUACUUAUUUGUGCAAGCGAUGACCGAACAUGUUCCCAGCUGAGAGAGUACAUCACUAUGGGAGCAGAGGCCUUCUUGCUGAGGCUCUACAGGAAAACCUUUGAGAAGGAUAGCAAAGCCGAAGAAGUGUGGAUGAAAUUUAGACGUGAGGACAGUCCAAAGAGAAUGGCAAAAUCUAACAAAAGGCCUAAAGGCCCCCCAAACAAACAAAGGGCUGCCACCAAAGAAAGGACUCUGAAAAAGAAAAAGCGAAGGUUAACCUUAACUCAGAUGAUGGGAAAGUCUGAAGAACCUGAAGAGGCAGGAGAUGUCAAGGAAGGCUAUCCUAGAGACACAGGCAGUAGCCCAGAAAGCUCCUUAGAAGAAAUUAAGCACGAGGAAUUUGACUUAAACUUGUCCUCUGAUGCCGCAUAUGGAAUCCUGAAAGACCCACUCACCAUCCUCCAUCCGCUCCUGGGCUGUAGUGACCCCUAUGCUCUGACGAGGGUGCUCCAUGAAGUGGAACCAAGAUACGUGGUUCUGUACGAUGCGGAACUGACGUUCGUUCGCCAGCUUGAAAUUUACAGGGCGAGCAGGCCCGGGAAGCCUCUGAGGGUCUACUUUCUUAUAUAUGGAGGUUCAACCGAGGAACAGCGCUAUCUCACUGCUUUGCGGAAAGAAAAGGAAGCUUUUGAGAAACUCAUAAGGGAGAAGGCCAGCAUGGUGGUCCCUGAAGGAAGGGAAGGUAGGGACGAAGCAAAUCCGGAGCUGGUCAGGGGCUCCGCGGCUGCAGGCACUCCCACCGACACCCGGAAAGCAGGUGGCCAGGAACAGAGCCGGCCGCAGCAGACUAUAGUCGUGGAUGUGCGUGAGUUUCGCAGUGAACUGCCGUCCCUGAUCCACCGUCGGGGCAUCGACAUCGAACCCGUGACUCUGGAGGUCGGGGACUACAUUCUGACCCCGGAAAUGUGCGUGGAGCGCAAGAGCGUCAGCGAUCUGAUCGGCUCGUUAAGCAACGGCCGCCUGUACGGCCAGUGCGUGUCCAUGUCCCGCUACUACAAGCGCCCGGUGCUGCUCAUCGAGUUCGACCCCCGCCAGCCCUUCUCCCUCACGUCCCGCGGCGCGCUGCGUCAGGAGAUCUGCAGCAACGACGUCAGCUCCAAACUCACGCUCCUCACGCUCCACUUCCCCAGGCUCCGCAUUCUCUGGUGCCCCUCGCCCCACGCCACCGCCGAGCUGUUCGAGGAGCUGAAGCAGAACAGGCCACAGCCCGACGCGGCCACGGCCAUGGCCGUCACGGCGGAUUCGGAAACGCUGCCGGAGUCGGAGAAGUACAAUCCCGGCCCCCAGGACUUCCUGUUAAAGAUGCCGGGGGUGAACGCCAAGAACUGUCGCGCCGUGAUGCAGCACGUGCGGAACAUCGCGGAGCUCGCCAGCCUGUCGCAGGACAAACUGGCAGGUAUUCUGGGCAACGCCGGGAAUGCCAAGCAGCUCUAUGACUUCAUUCACACCUCUUACGCAGAGGUCGCGUCUAAGGGGAAGAUGAGAAAAUGAACGGUGACGGCUGUCUUCUUGUCCCGAGACCGUGCUUUCCAGCCGCUCUUUGCCGGCAUUCCUGGGUCCCCAUUUAUCAUUAGUUCCCGAUUGCCUCGUCUUCCAGCCCUUAACAGCCGAGCUGUCCGCUUACUGGCUCUGCGCGCCAAAGCCAAGCCUCCGCUCCGAAGUCUAAGUUCAGGCACCGUUUUCACGGUCCCGCGCCUGCUCUCCUCCCUCCCGUCGCUGCCCAGGCCAGGGUCCGCAUGCUCCGUUCUUAAGUGAGGUGGGUCCGGAGCCGGGGAGGUGUCCGCAGGUGUUUCUAGAAGGCCAUUCUUGAAACAGGCAGCAAUUUAUGUUUCUGACACAAACCGGUAAAACACAUAAUCAUGUUCUUACCCUCUUCAGAGGUGCCCCGGAACCCAGAGAAGGAAACCCCUCUGCCGUCCUUCCCCAGUUCUCCCACAUUGUCCUCAAACACGUUCUUCCAUCUUUCUGCCUCUAAGAGAAAUUCCUGGGGACUCCCUGGUGCCCGCCCGUGUAAGACAGCCUCCUCAAAACCUCCCUGGUUCACUUCCUAAUCCCCCGAGCAUAUGCGACACGUACUAUGACUCGAUUGUGCAAAGCCAGUAGUUUUUAGACACGAAAUGAAUUCCCUCUUUCCAGAAAUUGAUGGUGCAAGUGAAGGAGUCCUUGGAACGCUCACUUUUUCAAACAUUUAACCUCCAAACUCUGAGGUCUCUAAGCCCGAAAGGCGAGUUAGAGUCUCUUAAGACUUCCUCAUCCCUGAGCCUCUCUUGCCACGCCCUGAGACCACCAGCACCAGAGCUUCUCCCUGCGCAGCAUAAGCUCACCCUCUGAUCCCCCUUCUUCCUGUCCCUCUGCGGAGUGCCUCCUUGCAUCUCUGUGAGGGUUCCCACACAAGUAAUUGAGUGGCCCACCAAGUCUUUAAGAUUUGGUUUUCCUUCCUGGAGUGGAGAUAAAGGACUUAAAAAGUAAAUGGAAGAUCAAUGCAUAGAAUAUCUAAGAAUUCCAGAGAAAUAUAUACAUACUUAAAAACUCACAAGUCCAUCUCCUUCUCAAACCUUCCGGCUGGGUUAGAUUAGCUUUUUACUGAAGUGUACAUAUGGGACAUUCAUAGCAUCUUUGUGCCGUUUUUAAACUUUUAUAUUUCACCAUUAUUAAGUUAGGUCUUACUCUCCUAUCUAGUAAUGAGUAGUAAAUUUUCUACCUCAAGAGCUGAUGUGGGUAUAGACAUCAGUCUCACUAGCCAUACCACACAGUUACACGUUUCCUCCGUGUCGGCCGUGUUUUUGUUCGUCACGGUGUUUGAGCUCAGAGUAGACACUGGACCACAUAACACAUAAUGGUCUUCACCUUCACAGAAGUUCUUUCAACAGACCUCUCCAAGUUGAACCUUCCAUGCCGACAUCUUGUUCUCUUGGUAGGUUAACCUACAUUGGUACUGCUAAAGUAGAUUUGGAUUUCAAACUCGAUACAAGGUGCCACAAGAAUGAAUUAAGGGGUAUCAGGGAACCGUGUUGUUAUAUGGAAUUCUGUAUAGUGAUCUGAGGAACAGAGAAGAGGACAGGAAACAAAAGUUAGUUUAAGAUAGAAUAAAGGGUUGGGCUACUAAAUGUUGUCUGAGGGUUAAAAAGCUACGUUGGAGAUUAGAAAACAAGAUGUCAGGUACGUGUGUUAAUUUUCACUUCUUUAUGUAUUUAAGAGUCCAGUCAGAGUGAAAAGUACAUUAAAAUCGACAUAGCGCCUCAAAAGGAGAUGGUUAUUAUGAUUUUUCUUCACCCUAGUCUGGCGCUUCUGCUUAUGGUAUAUAGUUUCUGGUUUUUCUUGUAGAAUUCCAUCUGCCUUAUAUUGUUCUUUAAUUACAUAAAAGGCAGAUCAGAACAUAGCACUUCUUUUGAUAUGGGUUUCACUCCAAUUUAAGCUUUCAGAAAUCAGCUCUGUACUUAAAGCCGCCAUUUUGAACAGCCCUCGUCAUCUAGUACAAGCCUUCGUUGUAUUUAGAGAGCCGGUGUCUCUGGCUCUUAGAUGCUGUUAUUUGCUGUUGUACGUGCUGGACAUUUGAAGACGUACACUGUCUCAUGUGUAUCUGAAUUAGGACUGGUAGUUUCUAAUGAACUCGAAAAUGCUCAUUAUAGAUGCAAGGCUCUCACUCCCACUUCCCCUUCCAACUAAAUAAAUAUAUUUUAGUGUGUCUCCAGUUAUGGAAAGCCUUUAGUACAACCAUCGUAUAUGGACUUUUAUCACAUUCUUUUACAAAUUUUUACAGUCUAAGAAUCCUUGGCAAGGGAACUAAUGCAUGAAUUUGCAAAAUUAAUGUAUCACUUUAUUAUCUAGCAUCAUACUGUUACCUUGGCCUUUUUUCUUUCAGAAUAGUAAAUAUCCCUUUUACUUAUGAACUCAUGCUUAGCUUUUUAAAAACCUUUUUUUAAAAACCUGAGAUCAGCAUUAUUCUAUUUUACCAAGUUUUUUGCAUAAAAAUCAGAGCAUGUGGAAGAUGAGAGAAAUUGUUUCCAACUUUGUUUAAAUCAUAGUGCCUCUUGAUAUUUUUUUAAAGUUGUACAACAAGAAAUCAUUUUAUAUAGUAAUAGUGGCCAUAAAUAAUGUCCUUUUGGCAAGAAGUUGCCACUUCUUCAGUCUGGGGCUCAGGAGACCAUAUGUCUCUGUAUAUUUGAGUACAUCCAGAAUGCAGUUUCCCAGCUCACGAGGGACUGAAAAUAAUUGUCCCAUUCAUCAACCCAUCGGGACACAGAGGGUUAAGUCUAGAUUUGGUUGUGUUGAGAUAACAGAAUAUAGAAUUAAUAACUGGCCUUCAGCAGGAAAGUCUACACUGAAGCAAAUGCAAAGAAGUGCGUGGGGGGAGAGAGACAGACAUCAUUAGUCUUUGCUUUUGUUUUUCAAGCAUAAUUUGAUUUUCCUUUGGCUCAGAAAACUUUAGGGAAAUUCUCUUUCCUUUGUGUUCAGUUUAGCCUAGAAACAUCCUUUUAAAAACCAACAGUUUAGGAAAGUUCUUUUCUCAGUCUUGAAUAUAUUAAAACAUAUCCAGACUUCAAUGUGCAUUGUCAUUUUUCUUCAUUAUUUUGCUUUCUAUUUUGGUUUAUCGCUACUUCCUGUCCAAUUUCAAACUCCAGUACUUAACCGUCUUUAUCCACAGGUUUUUGGUAAGCCACGCCACUGCUGCUUUUUGAUUUAAGGAUAUGUAAGCCAAAAUUUGGAUGGGAGGGAGACAUAACUGAUUUAUAUCAAUUUGUAACAGGAGUUGUAUGUGAGUGUGUUUUUAAUAAAAUGUGUAUUUAUUCCGUAUUUUCCUCAGCAUUUUGUGGGCAAAGUAAAAAUAACAAUGUAUAGUGAAAGGACAUGUAUUCCCAGCGCAUUGUAUUUCCAACACGUUGGUAAAUAUAAUUUAAAACGAAGAGAAUAUUUAAUGUGUUUUUGUUGUGCAGAAUAAAUGAUUAAAGCCGAACUGCUCUUCCAAA